CGCGCACCUAACGUCACCUCGCAGAACCUAGCAACCGCGCAGACUCGGGAGCCGAGUCCGUUAUGGCUGCCGCCGCCCUGGGCAGAAUGUGCGGGGCUGCACGAGAGAAGCUGUCUCCAGGGCCGGGCGCCCGGGGCCUCGGAGCGCUGGCGCGAUCUCUGGUGCUGGCGUUGCUGCUCGCGCCCGUCCUGUGCUCUGAUACACCAGAGAAUACAUCAAACAACAUUACCAAUUCUACUCCAUCUAUGCAGACACCUGGAAACCACACCAAACCUGUUUCCCACAUCAGCACCACACUUACCCCGUCCAGUACAGAGAAAAGUGGAAGCAGCUCUGCGGCGCCCACCCCCUCUGCUGCUCCGUCUGUGCCCCAAGACGAGGCUGACAGCAAUGAGGACCCCAGCAUGGAGGAGGAGGAUCUUCUGGCACUCAACAGUUCCCCGGCCACAGUCAAGGACACUCUGGACAACGGUGACUACGGAGAGCCAGACUACGACUGGACCACCAACCCCAGGGAUGAGGAGCCUGAAGACAUUAACAUUGCAAUCAGCAAAGAGAGCAGGCGCUUCAGAGGCUUCCAGGACUCAGUGCAGGUCGUCAAGCUCCCGCCCCCCAACAGAGAGGAUAGCCACUUCUUUUUUCAUCUCCUUAUUUUUGCUUUCUGUGCAGCUGUUGUUUAUGUUACCUAUCACAACAAAAGGAAGAUUUUCCUCCUAGUUCAAAGCAGAAAGUGGCGUGAUGGCUUGUGUUCCAAAACUGUGGAGUACCAUCGUUUGGAUCAGAACGUGAACGAGGCCAUGCCUUCUCUGAAGAUCACCAAUGAUUACAUUUUCUAAAGCACUUGAUUGGCAUUUGCUCGUUAUGCUGUUUUAUUUGCUUAACUUUUCUAUGAUGUGCACGUUUGCCACGGGGCAGGCGGGUGGCACUUAGCUGAGACGGGCACUCUCUUUCGCCUUGGUGCUUUGAGAACUAACUGUCACAAACAAGGAGUAUAUGAUUUUUUUUUUUUUCUUUAGAGCUAGAUUCAAUCAGGUAUCUGAAAUGUCAGUUAAACAUUACUUUAUAUUUUUGUGUAGUUGUUAUUAUUUUACAUUUAUUGUGCCUCUGGCAGCAAGGUUCCCUUUGAAAGGCCCAACGUGGAGCUUAGGUCCCUCAGGGCCAGCGCUGCUGGUUCUCAUCACUCGCUGCCACCCAGUUGCUGUUUCCCAGUUCCUUUAUUCUAUUUCUGUGGUUGAGAUAGGGUCCCACUCAGCAACCCAGGCUGGCUGCAAACUGUUGGUCUUACUGCCUUGGCUUCUCAAGUGCCAGUACCACAGGUGUGGCCGCUCACCCACUUCCAAAUCCCAUAUUUUCAAACACAUUUUCUGUGUGAAGUGGUCCUCAAUUUAACAUAUAAAGAUACUGCAGUAUAAUGCUUUGCUUUAAAAUAACAUUCCCCCUCUCUUUCAAAGCUACUUUAAGGACAGUGAAGCGGGCUCAGUUAGUGAGGGCACUUGCUGCCCACCUUGCGAACCUGAGUUCAGUCCCCAAGGCCUACGUGGUAGAAGGAGAUAGUCUUGGAGGUUGUCCUCUGACCUCCACGUGUGGGCCAUGGCAUUUGUGCACCUACACACACAUGCUUACACACAUAGUAAGUAAAUGUAGUUAAAAAGAACCCAUUUGGGUAUUUUAGGCACUUGAAACACAGUGUAAGAUGAUACGGCUGCUGAUUCAUGGUCAAGGUAAGCUCUUUUAAGAAUUCUGGCAAAAGAGACGGCAGUGUGCACAGGUGAAAUGUUAGGUAGAUCCAGGUUUUGGUUUGGAUUACUGAGUGGAGUUUAGGGUAGAAGCUGGUAGAGUAUUUAACCCAUGACCAGCACUUGAUUUUAGCAUGAGUCCCAGGGUUCAGAUGAGGAGCAGAGUGUAGAGCAGGUCAGAGGUUUCUCAGUUUGUUUCUUGAUCACAGUAAACUGGAGGAGACUGGAGAGGCCAUUGCCACGUGAGUGACACUGUGUCUUGCUUGGUCCUGCAGUUAAAGCAGUAAUCAGAGUAAGUUCACACAGACCUGUGUGACAGUGACCCUCAGACUUGCCUCCUCCCCAGCCCCCAACUGCGAUUAUUUGCUGAAUUUCAUAGUAGCCUCUGUUCUUUAGAGUUGAUCAGAAUGUAAAUGUGUGAUUUGAACCAUGCUUCAUUACUGCAAGCUCAGUAAAGCCUGGGCAGGCCAGCAGCCACGCUCCCUGUGUGGACAUGGAAACAGCGGUGUUGUCUUCUUCCCCUGCCAGGGACAGUUGACUGUCCGAGGGAAGGGCACGGUAGUGAAAUACACCUGAACUCUUUUAUUGCAGUAGUUUUUUUCAUAUCUGAAAUUGUAUUAUUUAAUAUUUUGAAUAAGACUUUAAGGAAUAAAUGGUAAAGAUAUAAA